GGGGCUUCUUUUCCAAGAGCAAACACCUGCUCCCCAGCACUGCCCCUUCACCUGUGGCCGCUGGAAGAGUCUAGGGUCCUGCCCCUGUUGAGAGAAUGGCUUCCUCGGGGUCCCAAACAAAGAAACAUGAUAAUCACAGUGACCACCUUGUACAACCCACCAACCCAAAUGUAGCAGCGAUGCAAGAAGAUGUCCUCUACCAUUUCAGUCUCAGCACCAGCACGCAUGAUUUCCCUGCAAUGUUCGGAGAUGUGAAGUUCGUGUGUGUCGGGGGAAGCCCUACCCGGAUGGAGGCCUUUGCCAAAUACAUGGCCAAGGAGCUGGGCCUUGACCACCCAGGUGCAGAGUAUCCCAACAUCUGCAGGGGGACCGACCGCUACGCCAUGUUCAAAGUGGGCCCCGUGCUGUCUGUCAGCCACGGCAUAGGCAUCCCCUCCACCUCCAUCAUGCUGCAUGAGCUCAUCAAGCUGCUCUACCACGCCCACUGCUCGGAUGUCACCGUCAUCCGCAUCGGCACGUCUGGCGGGAUCGGUCUGAAGCCUGGCUCUGUGGUCAUCACCCGGCAGGCGGUGGAUGCCUCCUUCGAGCCGGUGUUCGAGCAGGUGGUCCUGGGGAAGCGGGUGGUUCAGAGGACGCACCUGGAUGAGGAGCUCGUGCAGGAGCUGAUGCAGUGUGCUUUGGAUCUGCUGGAGUUCCCCACGGUCAUAGGGAACACCAUGUGCACCUCAGACUUCUAUGAAGGGCAAGGCCGUCUGGACGGCGCACUCUGCUCCUACACAGAGAAGGACAAGCAGAAGUACUUGCAGGCAGCCCACUCAGCUGGCAUCUGCAACAUCGAGAUGGAGUCUUCGGUCUUGGCAGCCAUAUGUGGUGCAUGUAGCAUCCCAGUGGCCGUGGUGUGUGUCACUCUGCUCAACCGCCUGGAGGGGGACCAGGUCAGCAGCCCCCACGAGGUGCUGGUCGAGUACCAGCAACGGCCACAACGCCUGGUGAGCCACUUCAUCAAGAAGCGCCUCGCGGCCGCCCAAAACCCCCUGAAUCUCUAA